GCAGUAGACGUAAGCUCUUCUGCAUUUUUCUAUUCAAUUUAAUCGCUACUUUUUGAAAAAGAUUCUAAUCAAUCAUUGUCUAAUUUAUCAAAUUAUUUAUUUACAGUGGCUAAAGAAUAUUUUAAAAAAAAUUAAACAAUAAAAAGUGUAAAUUAAUCAUUAAUAAAAACGGAGGUGAACUAUAUAUAAAUUGUUAUUAAGUAGAGUGAGUACGAUAAAAGCAAGACUGAAAAUUUCAGUGAUACAUUGAAAAAAGAAUAGUUGAUAAAGUUGUUGAUCGAGUAUAAUUAAACGGGUUAUGAAAGACCAGAAAUCAUGAAAGCAGAGACGAGCUUCGCUGAAAGAUUAGCAGAUCAUGGCUCGACAUUGUCGACAACCAAUAAUGUUGUUGAAAAUACAGGAACAGAUGAUUUCGGAGUGGAAGCUGAAUUAACUAGUCUAUCUUGGUUACAAUCAUUGGAUAUCACAAGUGCAUCAAGUUUACCUACCCCGCCAUGUUCACCAUCUCCACCCCCAGUUGUACGACGCCCGCCCAAGAAGAUGUCUCCUCUUCUUAAAGCUGAACUUGAAUUGACAGAAAAUGCAGAAAAAUAUCAAACAGAUGCAGACACAAAGCCUCCUUUUUCAUAUGCUACAUUAAUAUGUCUUGCAAUGCGUGCAAAUAACAAUAAACUCACUUUAUCUAGCAUUUAUGCUUGGAUUCGAGAAAAUUUUAUCUAUUAUCGGCUUGCAGAUCCAGCUUGGCAGAACUCCAUUAGACACAAUCUUUCACUCAAUAAAUGCUUUGUCAAAUUACCACGUUCAAAAGAUGAACCAGGAAAAGGAGGUUUUUGGAAAUUGGAUUUGGAAAGGCUAGAAGAAGGAAAACGUACGAGAAGACGUACAUCAGCAUCUUUACGUAACGUAAACAAAGCAACAGCUGUAUCUCAUAAUGCAGCACUUAAAAAAGUCACCCCUGUACUUUAUGAGACUCCUCCAAGUAGUGUGUCUCCACCAAUUCCUGAUAGUUUACCUGAAGUGCCUGAAUCUACCCAUUUUAGUCUUGCUGAAGAUGAUUUCAAUGGUCUUUUGACUAACACUGAUGGAUGGGAUGAUAAUACACUCGAAAAUUUAUCUUUUUUAAAUCAACUUGAUUCUUUACUAAACUCUUUUUAAAUGUUAUCAAGGGAAAUAAUGAAGAAUGACUUUUCCGAAAAAAAUGGCAAAGUUUUUGAAUUUAUUUGGAAGUUAGAGUGCAUAAAAAAUUUUAAUGAUUAAAAAAAGAGAAAACAGAGACACGAAAGUAUAGUAAUUUUCAUCCGUUAGUUUAUAAUCAGAAUAAUAUAAAUUGGAUAUGUCAUCAAUCAAUAAAUGUAAUCAUGUGCCUUGGAGUUAGAGUGACCAUUAACUAAUAAGUAUGAUUAUUUGUAUAUUUACUUUUAUUUUAUUGCUAUGGAAUAAUAUACAAUUGUAAAUAUUUGCCAUUCGUCUCUUUUAGUCUUGAGAGAAGCUAUUGAGCAAUUUGAUCAAAAUACAGUAAUUAAAAAUUCAAAAUUAAUCAUUCUUGAGACGUAUAUGGAAAUAACAAACUUUAUUCUUUAUAUUGUAAAUUAAUAUAUACAUUAUUUAUCAUAGUAAUACCACAAUGAUUAACGUCAGUGAUAUAAUUUAUUUUGGGUGUGUGUUUUACGCUCUAAUUGCAAAAAGAUGCCUUUAAAUCAUCCGUCCAAUAACAAAACGUAGAAAUAUUUAUUUAU